AUGUCUGAUGGUGAUGAUGAAAAGCAAAUUAUUGAGAAUAUCUCAUCGACGGAAUCUUUUGGAGAUAAGAGCCACGAUAAUAAUCAUAUAUCAUCACAUAAUUGUCGCGAAACAAUACUUGACAAAUUCGAGACGUUGGCCAAUCAACUGGCAGCUGGUUGGAAAUAUCAUGUCUCACAUACGCAUGCCAUUCGAAAUGCUUGGUCGAGUUUCGAAGAUUUUUACACGAAUAUAUGCUCAUUUGCUAGUAUAACACUCACUAAUAAUAGCAGUGCAUCCUCUGAUUAUUCGUCGUUAUUGUCACUACCAUCAAAUCGAUUGAUAUCAGUUGAUAGUGAUCAGCAGAGUGAACUUAAUGCACUUGUCAAUUCGAAUAAUGGACGAAUAUCACCGUAUUUAUGUCAAAAGAAACUCAUCGAAAAAGUUGGAGCAUUCGUAAGUCAGUUAUCGCCGAACUGGAGCUAUCAUAUUGCCAAUACGGAAGGUAUUGUUGAAGCAUGGCAAGAUUUCGAGCAUUAUUUCCUGCAUAUGUGCACCGUUGAUCAUGGUAAGUAA